CGAUGGAUACAAUUGAGGAUAUUGCUAUCAUAGGUGCGGGUGGUGUUGCUGGGUUAACUGUGCUUCGUGAACUGGCUCUUAUAGAUGAAUGUGGAAGAACGUAUGUUGAUUGUGAGAACGCCUGUCCUGACACACGACGAUUCAACAUCAUAGGGUUUGAGCAGAAACAUGAGCUUGGAGGAACCUGGUUUACUGAUGACUACCAAUUGGACCCGCCGAUGCCAUCACAACAUGUGCUGAACACUGAACAGUACGAUAGCGUCAAGGUCAUCAGAGGUGAACAUACAUAUGCUCCAAGUGAUGAGCAGCUUGAAAAUACAUCUAUAAACAAUCAGAUCUCUACAAAAACUGAUCCAAGCUAUUGCAAUUGGUCUAGAUGUGCAAUAUGGCCUGGCUUAUAUACAAAUGUGCCAGAGAUAUACAUGCGUCACUCAACUUCUGAGAGGUCCGAUGAACCGUUAAACGGUCUUGGGCCAUUCUUGACGCAUGAACAAGUCAGACAAAGAUUACUGGAAUUUGCUCGAACUGAGCAUCUGGAUGAGCAUAUACGUUUCAAUACCGAGGUGUAUAACGUUAAGAAAGCUGGCUCCAAGUGGACUCUUACAUUGAGAGUGAGUAAUCCCCACAAUGAUGGCGGAGAUUUAUGGUAUCAGCAAUGCUUCGACGCUGUAAUAUUGGCACAGGGAAGCUACAGUAUUCCCUUUAUUCCGCAUUACCCUGGAUUGAGCGAAUAUGUAAGCAAGUUCCCUGGCUCUGUACUUCAUUCAAAGAGCUAUAGGGACCCAUUGAGCUUCAAAGACAAGCGUGUUCUCAUUGUGGGUGGAAACAUAUCCGCAAUUGACAUUGGCCAAUACUUAGAUCAAGUUGCCAAAGAAGUGUUGAUAAGUCGAAACCUCAGUCAUGAGCUAUAUCUGUCGACUCAUAUGACUCGUUGUACGAAUAGUUUCAAGAAUAUUCAAAGUAUCUCGAGGUUUAUACCGCAAACUAAGCAAAUCGAGCUGACAGAUGGCACAAUUUUGGAAGAUAUAGACGCUGUGAUCUUUGCUACUGGUUACCAUAUUGAGCUACCCUUUCUUGAGGAGGGAAUUCUUGAAUAUUCCACUCCAGCUCGGUGUAGGUUUCCCUCUUCAAAUUCAAGGGUCAAAGGCUUAUACCAACAUGUGUUCAACAUAGAAGACCCUACCAUAGCCAUGGUGGGCAAAGUCGUUGCUCCACCAUUGUUCCGUACUCUGGAAUCACAGGCUGCUGCCAUUGCUGGUGUAUGGACUGGCCAGAGGAAGCUCCCAUUGAAACAAGAGCAAUAUGCCUGGGAACGACGCCGUCUCGAAACAGUGAGAGAGUCAAUGUUUCACAAGUACGGAGUG